AGGCCGUGGGGGCCCGGGCGCACGGGAGCGGGAGCGGCCGGGGGAGCCCGAUCGCACCAUGGAAGCUGCGGCGGCCAGCCGGGGCGGCUUCCAGCCGCACCCGGGGCUGCAGAAGACGCUGGAGCAGUUCCACCUGAGCUCCAUGAGCUCGCUGGGCGGCCCGGCCGCCUUCUCGGCGCGCUGGGCGCAGGAGGCCUACAAGAAGGAGAGCGCCAAGGAGGCGGGUGCGGCCACAGUGCCGGCGCCGGUGCCCACUGCCGCGGAGCCGCCGCCCGUGCUGCACCUGCCUGCCAUGCAGCCGCCGCCGCCGGUACUUCCCGGGCCCUUCUUCAUGCCGUCGGACCGCUCCACCGAGCGCUGUGAGACCGUGCUGGAAGGGGAGACCAUCUCUUGUUUCGUGGUGGGAGGCGAGAAGCGUCUGUGCCUGCCGCAGAUCCUCAACUCGGUGCUGCGCGACUUCUCACUGCAGCAGAUCAACUCGGUGUGCGACGAGCUGCACAUCUACUGCUCGCGCUGCACGGCCGACCAGCUGGAGAUCCUCAAAGUCAUGGGCAUCCUGCCCUUCUCCGCGCCCUCGUGCGGGCUCAUCACCAAGACGGACGCCGAGCGCCUGUGCAACGCGCUGCUCUACGGCGGCGCCUACCCGCCGCCUUGCAAGAAGGAGCUGGCGGCCAGCUUGGCGCUGGGCCUGGAGCUCAGCGAACGCAGCGUCCGCGUGUACCACGAGUGCUUCGGCAAGUGUAAGGGGCUGCUGGUGCCCGAGCUGUACAGCAGUCCUAGCGCCGCCUGCAUCCAGUGCCUCGACUGCCGCCUCAUGUACCCGCCGCACAAGUUCGUGGUACAUUCGCACAAGGCCCUGGAGAACCGGACCUGCCACUGGGGCUUCGACUCAGCCAACUGGCGGGCCUACAUCCUGCUGAGCCAGGACUACACAGGCAAGGAGGAGCAGGCCCGCCUUGGCCGCUGCCUGGACGAUGUGAAGGAGAAGUUCGACUAUGCCAACAAGUACAAGCGGAGGGUGCCCAGGGUCUCAGAGGCCCCAGCUUCCAUAAGACCCAAAACAGAUGACACUUCCUCACAGUCCCCUGCGUCUUCUGAGAAGGACAAGCAGUCCACUUGGCUGCGGACCUUGGCUGGUUCCUCCAAUAAGAGCCUUGGCUGUACUCACCCUCGUCAGCGCCUUUCUGCUUUCCGGCCCUGGUCCCCUGCAGUGUCAGCAAGCGAGAAAGAGACACCCCCACAUCUUCCAGCUCUGAUCCGAGACAGCUUUUAUUCCUACAAGAGCUUUGAGACAGCUGUGGCCCCCAAUGUGGCCCUAGCGCCACCAACCCAGCAGAAAGUUGUGAACAGUCCACCAUGCACGACCGUGGUCUCCCGGGCGCCAGAAGCUCUCACCACUUGUAUCCAGCCACGGAAGCGGAAGCUGACCACGGAACCACCAGGAGCCCCAGACAUGCUCACGCCUGUGGCUGCCCCAGAGGAGGACAAGGACUCUGAGGCUGAGGUGGAGGUGGAGAGCAGAGAGGAGUGUAAGUAUGGCUGCACUCUGCUCCCUUUGGGAUCGAUGCAGGAGGUGGGGCAAGGGGUCGCACUUGGUGUGACCAAGCCAGCAGACUCCAGAGUGCCUGACGCCUUGGCUUUUCUAUCGUCAGUCACCUCUUCCCUGUCCUCGCUGUCCUCGCCGUCCUUCACCUCGUCCAGCUCUGCCAAGGACCUAAGCUCCCCAGGCGUGCACGCCCCACCAGUGGUUGCCCCUGACGCUGCAACCCACGCUGAUGCCCCAAGUGGGCUGGAGGCGGAGUUGGAGCACCUGCGGCAAGCCCUGGAGGGUGGCCUGGACACCAAGGAAGCCAAAGAGAAGUUCCUGCACGAGGUGGUCAAAAUGCGCGUGAAACAAGAAGAGAAGCUGGCGGCGGCCCUGCAGGCCAAACGCAGCCUACACCAGGAGCUGGAAUUCUUACGUGUGGCCAAGAAGGAGAAGCUGCGGGAAGCUACAGAGGCCAAGCGCAGUCUGAGGAAAGAAAUUGAGCGGCUCCGAGCUGACAAUGAGAAGAAGAUGAAAGAGGCCAAUGAGUCUCGGGUGCGCCUGAGGCGGGAGCUGGAGCAGGCGCGGCAGGGCCGGGUGUGUGACAAGGGCUGUGAAGCCGGCCGCCUGCGCGCCAAGUACUCAGCCCAGAUCGAGGACCUGCAAGCGAAGCUGCAGCAUGCGGAGGCUGACCGUGAGCAGCUUCGAGCCGACCUGCUGCGGGAGCGUGAGGCCCGUGAGCACCUGGAGCGGGUGGUGAAGGAGCUUCAGGAGCAGCUGUGGCCUCGACCACGGCCUGAGAACCCGGGUGGUGAGGGCAGCGCUGAGGUGGAGCCCUAGCCGGGGCAGCGCCUGCCACUGCCACGUGGACCUCCAUGCGUGCGCAGAGGGCAGCGGGUACGUGGCUUUUGCACGCCUGGCCCAUGCCUCUGCAGCCACACAGCACAACGUUUCUACUGUGCCUAUUACCAAGCAAGUGUUUGUAACCACAUACUUUUGGAAUCCACUGCAAAAUUUUCUACUGGCCAAGUUCAAGUGAGCAAGCCAUGUCCUCUAGCUGCAGCCAAGUUGAGGCCGUCUCUGUGGCUUGUAGCUGGUCCUCUGCUUGCUAGAACAUUCUAACAUUUACACUUUUGUUAUAAGCUAUUUAAAACCAGUAAGGAGACUUGAUAUUCAAAAAAUCAACAUGUUUUUUAAUGACUAACUGUAAAAGGCCCCUACACGUGACGCCAUCUGGACACCCACUCUGGUGGGGGUGGCACCCACCCACCCACCGCCGUCCUGGGAAGCCAUCACCGCUCAUCUGUGCCCGCGGCUACAAGAGGACAGCAAGGAUUUUCUUCAGAGUCUAUUUUUUCAGCAACAAGGACCCCCAGUCUUCCUGCUGCUGCCAGGAAGAGCAGGGAGACCGCUGCCGCGUGCGAGAUGAGCCCCAACACUGCCCGCCUUACUGCCGCUGCCCCGCCCACCAACAUCACCACUACCCCUGCCCUGCAGGCACCAGGAGGCCUGAGCCGCAGUCUCUCUGGGCCCCUGGAUGCCCCUGCCCACAGGAGGGGCUGACCU